CUAGCGCUCACAACAUGCCCACAGGCUUGUACUGCUUUUAGGUAGUUCACUUAUCCUGUUAGUACUUUUGUUACUGUUAAUUUUUUAAUGGCCGGGUCAGCUGUCUUGCGUGCUUUAGGCUACCCUAUGUAAUGGUCAUAGUCAACACUAAAGCACUGUCAACCUGUCAGAUGUGUAACACGGUGGGACAUUGCUUUUGCGUGGCUAAUUUAUAGACAUUCUGACACGAGCCAGUGGGCACUAGAUAUUGGUUCUCUGUGCCCCCUCACAAGGACGCUUUACCAGCACUGUUGUCGUAAGAAGCCAGCCAAGACACUUGAGAGCAAGUUGUAUCGGUGUCAGUCGCAGUUCCCCACCAGCACUGCUUGUAUGCCUGGUUAAAUUCCUUUAACGAGAACUCGACGGAACUUCAGGAGACACGUUAAUCAAUCGCUGGACUUUCUCCUUGUAAUUGCAAGGGCUACAAUCUUAUCACCGCUGCGCCCUAGAUCCGUAGUAGUAGGCAUAGGCCUACAGUGUUUACGGUCUAAACAACCGCUGACUCACCUGUUGCUGAAGACUGACAGUUCAGUUCAACGCCCGCCGACACCCAACUCUGCCUCAGCCUCAUCAUUCAAUCGGCGACAGCAACAUGGGAGCUUCUAAAUCUCUGCAGACUACUAGUGAGCAUGACUUUGAAGAUCUUGCCGAAAGGACUGGCUUCAGUCUGGAGCAAAUUAAGAAUCUGCACAAGAGAUUCCAGUGGUUGAACAAUCACCAGGAAACUUUAAGGCGGGAGGACUUUGAGAAAGUGUCUCAUCUUUCUUUCAACCCAAUACGUGGCCAGAUCAUCCAGGCCUUUUUUGACAAAAGGAACUUUGGGAAGGGCGAGGUGGGUGAAGUAGAUGAAAUUGGCUUUGAGCAGUUCCUGACGGUGAUGUCCCACUUCAAGGCCCCCAAUAAGAAAAUCACGGAGGAGGAAACGGAGGCCAUCAGGACACACAAGCUUCGCUUUCUAUUCAACAUGCACGAUACAGACAACGAUGGGACGAUCACUCUGGAUGAGUACAGACAUCUGGUUGAGAAACUUCUGUCCACUUGUGAAACUCUCGAGGAGGACACUGCCAAAGCGAUUGCAGAUGCCGCCAUGUUGGAAGUGGCAAAAAUCACAGUCGUUCACAUGGAGCCACAUGAGGUCUAUGAGGGCAUCACGUUUGAACAGUUUCAGCAGAUUUUAAAAGGUAUCGAGAUCGAGAGAAAGAUGAACAUUCGGUUCCUCCAGAUGGAUACGACGCCAAUGCGCUGUGGGAAAUAGCCGCUCUCCUUCUUCUCCUUCCUUCAACAUAGUCUGCUGCCAUGCUAAAGACUUCCCAAGUGAAAACCUAAAUUUAGCCCCCAUGACCCACCACCAACACCACCCCGUCCCCACCCACCCUGUCCCCAAACAUUUGUGUGCGCACACGCACACGCACACGCACAUGCGCGCGCGCGCACACACACACACACACACACACACACACACACACACACACACACACACACACACACACACACACACACACACGCACACACACACACACACACACACACACACACCCUGUCCCCUACUAGCCGUGCCCACCCCCACCUCCUUGCCCCCUCACCUCAUUCUCCUGCAUGGCAGUGCUGUGGUGGUUGUGACUGCAUACAGCCACAGGCUUAUGCUUAUGUAAACACAGCAGACAAACUGCCUCAAUAAAUAAGUUUGACCUUUUCCUCUACAAGUUUUUUUUAAGUGAGAUGCCAUUCUAAACAGCUCAAUGGAAAAGAAAAUAUUUUUUAAAUGAAAAAAAAUGACAUUGAAUUGCAUUCCAUGGUAUAGUCUGAUUAUCAUCGACUUUCAAAACUUGGUCUGACCAAGAGCAUAACAAUUAACAUUUCCCAAAUGGCAUGGUUGACCCACCUCCCUUGGUUUGCUAAUGGUUGUUUGCUUCCCGACAAAGUGGGAGGAGUUCCCGAUUUUUCGGGAGUUCAGAAAGUACUUGAAUUACUCUUGACCUGACUAGUAGCACCGCUGAAGGUGUUGCGUCACUAGGAGGGAACGGCCUGGCUAAUUCCAUGGUGUGUGGACAGUGGGCAGUGAUAUGCCUUUCAAAAGCACCAUGGGAAGGAAAACAUUUUGAAGUAAAAAGAUGAAACAGAUACUGUACACAAAUAGACAGUGGAUUGCUCCCCCAUAUCAUGUGGACUGUGGACUAUUUCAUGAAGAAAUCUUUCCAUGUAUUUUUUUUCUGUUUUUGUGCCUUUGUCUUUAAGUGCCUUGUCCUUAACUUUGUGCAUAAAAAUGCUGCAUGAAAUUUGUAAAAAAAUAUACCUAGGCCUACAUAACUUUUUCUUAGUAAUAAUAUUUAAAGCCUAUUACGUAAUUUAUUAUGUCCAUCCAAUCAUAUUCAUCCAGUCUUCAAAUAAAUUGG